AUGCGCCUACCACCCAUACAAGAAUCGGGAGUGUUCGAAGAUGGUUCUCCACUAUAUCGUCAAAGUAAAUAUUAUAGCGUUGAGAAAUUUGAUGGUUUCAUAAAUAAAUUUACUAAUAUAAGUUGCGAUACACCCUUAGAAAAUUUUCGUGGUCAAGGGUUGAAGGAUGAAAGAAUUGUAAGAGUGAAACUCAUCAACCUAGUUAAAAUAAUAGAACGUCUAGUUGAUGAAAUUGUGUUGUCAAAAUUGAAAAUUGAUGAUUUAAUUCUAGCA